UCUUUUUACGCUUGGUUUACAAUAACGAGUGCAUAAGCCCGCCAUCGCCCAAGCAGCAUUGCAGAAGCGGCGUGUCUAACGAAUAUUUGAACCGUUCAUCCACCACGACCCAUAACGCACUCCAUCCCUCCAUUUGGACUAGAGCACGACGCACGAAUACCUGUACAACAAACGUCUUCCACGCAUCCCCAACCACAACGUCCUCACCAUGUCCUCGCAACCACCACCAACUCAGCCUGUGAAACCAGAUACACCACCUCCCGCUUACACCGACUACAUACCAGAGGAAAGCCAGCCCUCAGGCUCAGGCUCCUCUUCCACGCCCCCACCGCCCUUUUCUGGUGCACCCAGCUAUUUUCAAUCUCAGUCUCACCGCCUCGCACCAGGCCCGCCAUAUCCCAAUCCGCCUCUCUUUGGCCCGACACCGCUGGGACAGGACCAGCCGACGCUGGGGCUCCUGCCAUAUUACGACCCGCGCUCGCCCUAUGCGGUGGCGGCUGCUGCGUCGAGGGCGAGGUGGCGUUUCGUGGGCGCUGCGUUAUGGGCGGUGA